AUGCGCCUCCGCGCCGCCGCCGCCGCCCUCUGCCUCUGCCUGCUGGGCGCCUGCCGCCUUCGCCGCGGGCUGGAGGCCGCCGCCGUGCGCGGCCCGUCAGCGGCCGCUCCCCAGCGACCCUCGGCAGCCGCGCCUUCCUCCGCCUCCUCCUCCUCCGCCGCCGCCGCCUCCCCCUUCUCCUCCCCGCCGCGGAGGGACGGGGCUCUCCGCAACGGCACGGUGGUGCCGCAUCAUUACAUGGUGGCCCUAUACCAGCGCCUGGCCGCCCGCCGCGCCCCCGGCCGCCGCGCCGACACCGUGACGGGCUUCGCGGAGCGGGCGCGCGGCGAUGCCUCCCCGUCCGCCUCGGAGCAGCGGUACCUCUUUGACAUCUCCAGCCUGCCUGAGGCAGAGGAGGUGACGGGCGCGGAGCUGCGGAUCCUGCGCUCCGUGCCCGAGAACCGGAGCCUGGCGCUGUCCCCCGAGGGCUCCUUCCACCACCUCCUGCUCGCCACCUGCCCCGCCCGCGACGGCGAGGAGCCCCGGCUGCUGGACUCCCGCGCCGCGGACGUUCUGGACACGGGCUCCUCCCGAUGGGAGGUGUUUGAUGUCCGGGAGGCCUUGCGGGAUCAGAGGGAGAGCUCGCCCUCGGGGAAGCUGCUGUGCUUCCAGCUGCGGGUGGUGUCGGAUGGCUCGGGGCAGGCACUGCCCCCCCGGCAGCUGGGCUUCGGCAAACCCCGGCCGCAGCCCCACGAGCGAGCCCUGCUCGUGGCCUUCUCCCGCACCCAGAGGAAGGAGAACCUCUUCAAGGAGAUCCGGGAUAAGAUCAAGGCCCUGGGCAGCCCCCCCUUCCUGGAGCCCCCCGAUCCUGGGCAGGAGGCGUUCCUCAGGCGCAGGAAGAGGAGGACCACCAUUGCGGCCCGCUCUGGGGGCAGAGGCCACGGCAAGAAGGCGAAGACGCGCUGCAGCAGGAAGCCCCUGCACGUGAACUUCAAGGAGCUGGGCUGGGAUGACUGGAUCAUCGCCCCCCUGGAUUACGAGGCCUAUCACUGCGAGGGGGUCUGCGACUUCCCGCUGCGCUCCCACCUGGAGCCCACCAACCACGCCAUUAUCCAGACCCUGAUGAACUCCAUGGACCCCGAGUCCACCCCGCCGAGCUGCUGCGUGCCCUCCAAGCUCAGCCCCAUCAGCAUCCUCUACAUUGACUCUGGGAACAAUGUGGUUUACAAACAGUAUGAGGACAUGGUCGUGGAGACGUGUGGCUGCAGGUAGCAAUUUCUGCAGCUCUCCCUAUCCCUCCUGGCCUUGCUCAGCAGCCCUGCCCAUUUUAUAUAUAUAUAUAAAUAUAAAUAUAUAUAUAUAUAUAAAAUAUAUAUAUAGAUAUAUACACUCAUACACAUUUUGGUGUGUGCCUUCCCAAAUGCCAAGCUCAGAGCAGGUGUCCCCUGUGUUCCCUGGGCCAUCCUGGCCAUGAGCCCAGGAGGGAUUGGGGGUGCCCCUCUGAGACUGAGGCUGCCACCAUCUCUGUGCCUUGGGAACGUCUCCCCAGCCUCUGAGCUCUGCCUGAUACACUUGGUUUGCCUAAGUGGAGCUGACGACUUCUUUCCCAAAGGUUUUGGAAAAUGUCUAGCCAAAAUUGUUUUGGUCAGAAUGAUGACCUGGGGUGGGGGCAUGUGGAGUGUUGUCUGCAGCAGAGGGAUCAGGUCAGCAUCACCCUCUGGCUGUGGCAGUGCGAUGGAGGUGAGGUAGGAAUGCUCUUUUCUUUGAGUCAGAUGAGUUUUUCUGGCAGUCUUCAAAUUGCUGCCCUGAGUUUCCUGGUGGAAAAAUAAGGGAUCCCUGGGGGAAAGCAGGGGGUGGAGAACCUGUGGCUGUCAUGGGUUGUAAUCACUUGGUCCAGACCUGUUUCCAGACCACAAACCUGGGAGAGGUUUGUGAGUCUGCUGGCAGAGACAGGAGAGAAGGACAACCAGAGGCUAAAAGAGUCAGGUGUGAAGCAGAUCUUGUGCUCUUACAAAGACGGAAGUGGCCCUGGGAGGCGUUAGCUGGAGAUGCCUCCACUCCACAUGGUCGGAAGCGCUGGCUUUGCUGUGUGUGUCUUGCAGGAGGUACUGGUGGGUGGGUCCCCUCCCUUUCCUGCACAAAACUGUGUUUCCGAGGCAUACUGGGAGCCCAGCAUCAGGCCUGCAAGUCACACAGCCAUCCUGAGCGUGUCUGGAGAGAAACAAAGGUCCCAGGUUCCCUAGGGAAGAGCCAUUUCGCUCGGGUUCUUCUCUUUCCAAAUAAUCUCUAUAAAAGCACUAAGCUCCACCCUGUCUUCCUUUGGCAUCGAUUUCCCAGGGAGCUGUGUCCCUCCCUGGAGUGCUGGCUGCUCCUUGCUCCAUUAAGGGAGCUGGAUCCUCCAGGAACAGACCUUUCCCAUGCAGAGGGCUGAGUGCUACCCUCAGGGACUGCUAUGUGAAGUGGGCUGCUUUGACAUGUGCUGAAAGGGUUUUAGUAACUCAGGAGCUGAGUUAAUAAAUUACCUUUAAAAGAGAGAAGCUCUUCAUCCAUGCCAGGGUGUGCUUUGGGUGCUGGGAGGCAUUUUUGCUGCACCUCAGUGGGUUUUGGUGCCAAACUUUGGCUUGCUGGGUGGCUUUGCUUAGACCAGAGAUGUGUUUGCACAGAUUUUGUGUUUGAUGGUUUGUUUUUUUCUUGUGGCCAGGGUGUUGGUGUGUAAGCAUCAGUGCUUAUUAGCGAUGGUAGUUUGCUUUUGGAGGAGGUAAAUCCCUGCUGGAAACAUGGGGUUUUUCCUACAGAAAUCCAGUUGUCCUCUGUGGCAGGGGUGUUCUGCUGGGAGGGCUGAGCCUGGCCAGGGCAGAGAGGGGAUCACCUCAAAGAACUCUGCUGAGAUCCAAAUGAUUUCAAAGAUCAGAAAAGCCUUGGUGAGGUUCAACAGCCCCUUCCCCCCAAGUGCAUCAGUAGGAAGAGAAUGUGUCCAUGGAAAACAGUGACAGAUCUGCUGGCAUAACCCCCCCAGCCUCCCUCCAUCCCUGCCCAUGGAGCCUGCUCUGCAUCCUCAGGCUGGGGCUGGUGGCAGCUCAGAGGAGCGAGUGUGGGGCCCAUAAGUCUCAUGUACCCCCUUGACAUCUGCAGAGAUCCUGUUUUUACAUUUGUGCAUCCAAGAGGGAAACCCAUGUCCCUACCUCAGCAUGCAUGUAAAUAUAUGCUAAUGGUGUACCUGCCUCCAGGAGGAUGCUCAGAGAUGGGGGCCAGGGGGAGAAGAGGAAGGAUCAGGUCCAUGCCAUGGGUUUUCUCCCUGUCAGUAUUUGGGGAGGCUGGGGUCCCUGAGCGGGUUUGUGGAUUUCCUCUGCCCUUUGGCUUCAGCACAGCUGGCUGGGGAAGGAGGUUGGCACAGCAGUGCUUGAGCUGCCAGAUUCCACAUCAGUUAUAAAGUUACCAAGCUUUGGAAGUACCUAAUUUUUCAAUUGCCUUUGGUUGUUUGAUAGUUUUUCUCACUGCCGAGACAAUUUUUUUAAAUGUUUUUGUUUCCUUUACCCCCUCCCCUUCCUCCAAAUAUUUGUGGUGAGGGUUCAUGGGCAGUUCACAUCCAAGCAAGAUAUAUAUAGUUCCUGGCAGCCCCUGCUGGCUGGUGGCUCUUGUAAGCCUCCACCAAAAAGGUGUCCUGAGACCUGCUCCUGUGGUCCUGUGUCCCGGGGGUGGUAAUGCCAGUGACUCCCAGUUCUUGUGGGUAUUUUUCAUCCAGAGUUGCAGGGAACAGACAGAUGUCACCCACCUCAGGUCUGGAGGUGGCUGAUGGAGAGUAGGGUGACAGGUUGAGUCUUGCAGCUCUUCACCCCAACCCCAAUUCUGGGGCAGUGCCCACUGCUGGGGCUUUUGUCCUGAGCCCCAUGACGGCUUUGCUGGUGCUGGGGACAAAAGCAGUGGCUCAGUUGCUGCAUUCCAUGGCCUGGAUCACAAGGAUAAACAGGAGGGGAAGAUCUGGGGGGAACACAGAGGCUGCUGCUGCUGGCAGUGAUGAUGUCCAUGGUUUCACACAUUGGGAACUCAGCCUGUCUCUCCCUGAACAGGAGUGUUUGGUGGGGGAGCAAACAUCAUCCUCCCAAAGGAGCCCAGAGGUGCUGGGGCUUGUGCCAAGUGUGCCAAGUGUCUCCUGUUCCAUUCCUGGGCAAACAACUCUGGAGGACAAAGGGAGGGCAAAGGAUGGAGUUGGAUCCUCUUUCUGCUUCUCUAAGGAGUCAGGGGAGGCAGCUCCCUGCCUGGGGCUGCUCCAGGGGGAUGUGUGAGCAGGGCAGGGCUGGAGGAGAGUGGAGCUGGGGGCUUGGGUGGAGAACUGUGCUGCUCCCCCCAGCGAGCUGCAGGGCUUGGCUGUCACACUGCUCCUUGCUCCCAGAGAAUUUCCAGAGCAAAAGCCACCAGUGUCCCCUUUAAGAAUCCCUGCCUGAUGACACCAAGGGCUGCCUCUCCAUCCCCGGGCAGAUUUGGAGGUUGCACCAAACAGUGGGAUUAGUCUUGGGCAACAACCAUCAGAGCCCUUUCAAAUGUGUAGAGAUUUAGGUUAAAUAUUUGGAAAAAAAGUCACAGAAAGAGUUGUAAAGCUCUGCCCAAGGAAGUGUAGUCACCAUCCCUGGAAGUGUUCAAAAACUGUGUGGAUAUGGCAGUUUAAUAGUGAAUUUGGUGGUGAUGUUGAUGAUCUUUUCCAGCCUUAAUGAUUGCAUGAUUCUGAAUGGGAGUGGUGGGUGUGAAAGCCUUUCCCAGGCAUGGAGGUUCUUUCAGCUGAGUUGUUGCAGCUCUGCACUGUUGGGGCAACACGGGGAUGUGUCUGUGGAGGCCAUGGAGCAGUGAAUCCUGCCUUUGGAGAGGUUGGUGGGGCACUGGCUGCAGGAUAGGAGUGGCCCAGCCCAGCCCCCAUCCCUGGAGCUGCUUCUCCAAAGAACAUCAUGCUCUAAUGCCAAAGGAAAGGCCCAGAAAAAUGUAUUUCUGAUCAGUUGCCUCCUGCCUGAGCUGAUUUUUGGGCACAUGUAAACUUUAUAAUUAUGAGACUAGAGGUUGAACAUGGACAAAUAUUAAUUCAGCAGUCUCAGAGUGAUUUUAAUGGAUAAUUAUAGGUUCUCCAUCUGCAGUAUUUAUACAACCUUUCCAGUUAAAAAAAACCCAAACAGUUUCCAUGCAGUGCAUAUUCUCCUGGAGGAUUUGUUUGACCUCGAGCACCAUUUUUAUCUGCAGGAUAUAAUUACAGUGAAACUAGAAAUAUUAAGCAUUUGAAAAGGGCUGUGUAUCCAUGCUUAACUGGCUCCCUCCUCUCUGACAUGGGAAUGUAAUUGCACAGGAGUAAGGAAACUUGCAGAGUGAUCUCAUUUGACUUAGAAGCACUGGGGCUGGGAUCUGGGGGAACUUGCCCAGUUGGGACAGGGACUGACUGGUGUGUGUGCCUUUUCUGGGGGUUCUUUGAGUUUGUGCUCAAGCCAUUGCCUUCAGGAACAGUCGGGAGCAAAAUGGCUUUGUGCUCUGUUUAACCCUGGUCACCAAGGGUGCUUCUAGCCUAGAAAUACUU